AUGUUUCGCUUCCGCCCGCUGCGCUCAGCCCAACGACGUCGCCACUUGCGCGCGCUCUGGACGUCCACUCGUCCACUCUCCGCCGCACCCACGCCCACAAACGGUGACGCAGCGUUCGCUCUCGGUGUCAAGUAUCUGCUGGGUAAAGCCAAAGGCCACGCUGGCUCCGCUAUGGCCGUCCAGAAUGUCGUACUCCACUGGACAAGCGCCGCUGAGAUGGGGCACGUCCGGGCACAGGGCGCGUUGGGUACACUGUACCUCACCGGGUACGCGAACCUCCCGCGUAACCUCCCACUAGCUCUCGAGUUCCUACAGAAAGCCGCGGACGCUGGAGAUAGCAAGAGCUGCUAUGAAAUGGGAAAGCUCUUUUUCCACGGCAGUCAGGACGAGGAGGACGAACGACCUCGUGACUUGAAUCGGACGCUUCAUUACUGGACAAGAGCAGCCGAACAGGGUCACGUCGCUGCUAACUUUGACCUGGGGCGUCUGUACGCAGAGGGGCUGCACGUGACUCAGGACCAGGAGAAGGCCGUCCAGUUCUAUCGCCAAGCUGCCAAGCACGAACUGCCGGAGGCCCAAUGGGCACUGGGUACCGCGUAUCUGCUCGGACGCGGGGUGGAAACCAGUGCCCACCACGCCACCAAGUGCUUUCGCCGGGCUGCAGAAGCUGGACAUGCACGGGCUCAGUUUGAUCUGGCCGCGUGCUACAUGCUGGGACGUGGCAUCGAGCUAGAUCACGACAAGGCCGCGCACUUUUUCUUCCUUGCGGCUGAGAGCGGCCUUGUCGAGGCGCAGUUGUGUCUUGCGCAGUUGUUUGAGACUGGUCGAGGGGUUCCCGUCAAUCGUGACAAGGCGAUCGAGUACUAUCGGUUGGCAGCCAAAGGAGGACUGAAGGAAGCCACGCAGGCGUUGGAUCGUCUCGGAGCACCACGUGAACCGUAG